AUGACAAUGGAAGAUCGCUCGGGACCAGGCAUCGAUCGUCCAGGUGAUGCAGGGACAGCAACGGCAGCCACUGGAGUGACGACCGACGCCUCUUAUCCACUUCGCAGAGCAACCGGCAAGCGAUCAUUUGAUGUUGCCUUUCUGGUUGCACCGGAUGAAAAAUUGGCCCGACGUCAGAGCGAUUACAAUCAGAUUGAAACUUCUCACAGCCCGGACUUCGGGCAGCCAGUGAGUCCAUCGGGUGACACCUGUUACCGCGGCUUUCCAACGAGUCACCCACCACCAGGACAUCACGACGAGUUGACGGGCUCGCGAAGCGCUUUCACGAAGGUCAGUUCAUUGAGCAGCUUUGACGAGUCCCGUAGCUCACCACGAUCAUCAAUAUCCCCGGAUCGUGGGAGUUAUCGAAGCAUAAGUCCACCACGGAGAACGCCUCCGCUGCAAUCAGCUUGUCCCAUUAAAACAGCGACAUUCAAAUACGGAUCAUUCGCUGCGGUGGCUGCAGCAGCCGCAGCAGCAGCCGCUGCUGCUGCCUCUACUCCGUAUCCAUUCAUCCCGAGUUCUCCAGAGAGUGCAACACCAAUAACCGCAACGACAACAGCAUCAACCAACAACUUGUCAAUCGGUGAAAGCCUGAAAAUUCGGAAGAUCCCGAAUUCCGUGGAGCCCGCCAACUUCCGGACAGCGUCAGAGCUAUCACCAGCAGCAGCUGCUGUUUAUUCAAGUCUUCUGCCGCCGUCCUUUGCCCUCAGUCUUCCCGCCCAGAAUGUUUGUGCCAAGUGCAAUCUGUCCUUCCGGAUGACAUCCGAUCUCGUCUAUCACAUGCGCUCCCAUCACAAGAACGAGGGAACUGGCGAAGCUGCGAGGAGACGUCGCGAGGAAAAGCUGCGGUGUCCCGUGUGCGACGAGAGCUUUCGGGAGAGGCAUCACCUCACCAGACACAUGACAGCUCAUCAGGACAAAGCGAGUGACUCCAUGGAUCCCCAGGUGCAGCAUCCUCAGCUGCCUUCGGGCAGCGUCAAACGACGAACCGGUGGACUUCCAGUGGUUCACGGUGCAAAGUGA